AUGACCACUCACCGAGUCGCUGGGGUGAGCCACACCCGCCCAUCACACUUCGUGCUCAGCCGCCAUCACCGCGUGGACAACCCUUCGCCCGACGGCGACGGCGUAGAGUUCAUCAAGCUUCGGGCCGACCCCGCGGACCGGGCGGUGGGCGAUCUGUCCAAGUUCCAGAUCACGAGCUUGAACUUCCUCGACGGCCAAGUCCUCAAGCUGUGGGACGUCACCAACUACACAACUGCGACGGCGACGUACUCGCCGUCAACGACUUGGUUCCAGCUGGUUGCUCGUUGA